AUGCCACCCAAGUCCAGGACGACACGGAAUAUGAGUGUCGUACCCUCACAGGCAGAAUCCAGGCCAACGACGCCUCACCAAGAGCAACUUAACCAAACGGAAGGUGCCAAUAGAACGGGGGCUGAUCCUCAGCCUCAAACAAGAGUCUCCGUGGACAAUGUCAACACCUUUGUCGAAGUAUUACAAUCAUUGCAGCACUCGCAACAACAAAUGAUGGAAGAGAUUCGUCAACUGAAGGCAGACAAAACAAAAGAGAAAGACAGUCAGCAUGACCCGAAUCAUGUAGCAGACAAAGAAGAGACACUGGCAGGAGGUGUCCCUCGGAAUGUAGAACAGCGUUUCAUCACCAUGGCUGAGGUAGCGGCUUUCUUGGAGCAAGAGAGAGCCCGAACACCAAAGGAGAGGUUUUACGCAAGGAGACCUCCCUAUCCUCUAAAAGUACUCAGCAAGUCGUACCCCGAGAGAUAUGAAUCAAGGGCCUUUGCCCAGUACGAUGGCAAGAAGGGAAGUGCGGUAGAGCACGUGAGCAAAUUUAUUGACACCCUUGGCCUUUACGCAGCAGACGAAAACUUAUGUCUGCGGGAGUUUUCAAAGUCACUAUGCGACUGGGCAUACACCUGGUACAUCGGUUUAAAACCAGGAUCAAUCCUAACCUGGGAUGACAUGGUGGACGUAUUUUGCACUAAAUACUUUCACGGGGAAGAAAUGGUGACGCUUGCAACUCUGCAGGCGACAAAGCAGAGGAAUGGAGAGGAUCUGAUGGAGUACAUCAAAUGGUUCAGGGACAUAGCACUUGAUUGCUAUGAUCACUGUGAGGAGAGGACGUUGGUAGAAAUAUGCAUGACCAAUAUGAUUCGGGAGUUCAGAGCUGUCCUGGAGAAUUUGGAGAUUUCCCAGUUUGCACAGCUAUUGCAGAAAGCUAGAAAGACAGCUCAGUCCGUGAAACCCAGUUCAGACAAGAGGAACGUGCCGCAGGCUAUUGCGGUGUCCACUGGAAACCAGAGAAGGAAAACAGAGGGGAGGGAGUAUGAUACACCCCCACCCCUACCAUGCACUCCUAAGGAGCUGGAUGUGCUACUUGACAAAUGGAUAGCGGAUGGGAUCUUUAAACCCAACCAGGUUUCUAGAGAGCCUACGGAGGAAGAAAGGAGGGAUCCUCGCUUCUGUCGCUUGCACAACUAUGUACAAUAUCCCACCGCAGAAUGCUGGGCGCUCUGCAGGCUGGUGUACCACAGGAUCAAAGAAGGCACAUUAGAGCUGACCCAGCAGGAAGUCCAAAGAAACCCACUCCCAAACCACAAGGGAAAGGGUGUAGCAGCAGUAGUGAUACGUGCAGACCCGGGAAAAGACGAGGAAGAAAACUUGGCCCUGCCUGCCGCGGCGAUUACCACUCUUCAGCAGAGUGCUAAGUUCAAAAAUCUAUUCGACCAAUUGGGACUUACAGCAAAAGAAAGAAAAAUAGCCACGAAAGCUUUGGUAAGCAUCGCCUCCGGAGCAGGGGUGGAAUGCCUGUCAGCAGGGAUGUCAGAAGACAGGGCCCUCCUGCAAGAAUCAACAGAAAUCACAUUUAGCAGUGAAGAUAUGGAAGUGGGGCACCCAAAUCAUAGGAGGCCCCUUUAUUUAGCAGCAUCUAUAAAUCAAAUCCCCAUCAAGAGGGCCUUGGUGGAUACAGGUGCUUCCGUAAACCUCAUUCCAUUAAGCACCCUGCAAGCCGCAGGAAUUUCAGAGAAAAAGAUCUAA